AUGGCAAUCACAACAUCAAAUCAGGCCAAGAGGACCCUCCCCUCCGUCCCCCGACGUCCCAAUCAGUUACCACCUCCCCGAAGGAAAACAAACCGGCCCCUGACACAUCCCUCCACGUGCAGCGCCCGACGCCGCGGGCCUUGGGCGGCUGCACGUCUCCACUGCCGGCCACGGCGCAAGGCCCCAUUAUUGCGCGCGCGCCGCUCCCUUCCAGGUGACUUCGCGUACCUGGCGGCGGCGCCUUCGGCCUCGGAGGCUGCCCGGGCGGGCUGGGGCUCCGGCGGCGCUCGCUGGGAGUCGCGGCGCCCCUCAGCUGCUUCCCGGGCGCCGAUCGCCGCCCUCCUGCCCCGGGGUGGGGCCGAGGGCGUCAGCAGCCGCGGGCUCUCGGCCGCCGCCUGGGAACCUAGGGUCAGAUUUAGUUUCACAACAACGUCUCCUCGUCACCGCAACCCAACUGGAGGCAGAAGCCGGCGGGGCGGCCGAGCGGGGCGGGACGGGAGCGCGGCCGCCGCGGGCCACGGUGGGGAGCCGGCGCGGGGGACCCUGGCGGGCCCCGGGCAGCGCGGCUGCACUUACUUGUGUCACAACUGCGGCGACGUGGGGCUGAGGAACCGGUUCUUCCAAAAGCAAACCGAAAAUGGGUUGGAUGUAAAGGAAUAUUCAGUCAGCCUGAAACUUAUGAAAACAUCUGGGAUUCAAAUACCUUUAGAAGUGAUCUUAAGGAAAAACUUCCAAAUACACCUAAAAUGAGUUAUUCUUAAGAAGGAGAAUGAAGAUCCAACCCAUUAACUGAGAUCAAGAUCUAUUCCUGAGCAUCAAUGAGAGAAGACUGGACCAUGUGGGAACAGCUUAGAGUGAAGCCAACUCCCCAGGUGUGAGUUAGGAAUUUUCUUAUAUACAGAAACAAUUUAAAGAAACUUUGAAUGGAUGAAUCAUUUGUUUCCAAUACUGGGCUUUUUACUUUCA